AUGCUAGAAGAGCAAGGUAUAUAUGCAUUUAGAAAUAAGGGCAGCAGCUCAUUCCAGAUAUUCCCGGGUAGUUCACUCACUGCUGCGAUGGAUUCCCCACCGAUAUUUUUUGUGAAAAUGUCCAUUUGGUCCAGCAAGAUUGUGUUGCGUACAGAGCCGCAGCAACAGGUUAUCGCAACUUCAAUGACGAAGAAGCUGAGCUGGACCAACUAUGACAUCUUCAUCGGCGAGCGCGCUAUUGCUGUAGAUAGUCACAGCUUCUGGUCUGCCAUGUGGUCAUCAAAGCGCUUCUUCACUCUCCCGAGUGGGCUUAAAUGCGUCGCAAAGAGGAGAUCGAAAACAAUGAUGAGCUUUGUCGUUACGGAGCUGCUCAACAAUACAAUUAUUGCGACUUAUGAACCUACGUCGUAUUCAUACAGGAAAGCAGGCGCCUUGAGAUUAUUUGCUGUUGGACACGACCAACUCGAUCUCACCGCAAUUUUCAUGGCGAUAGUCAUUAUGAUACGAAUAGAUAAGGAUACGCAGGCAGGCAUCGCGUCUGGCGCUGUGGCGGGUGGCGGUGGGGGCUGA